AUGGACCAAGACAUGUUUGCUUUGGACGAAGAGGAAUGGUUGGAGUUCGCGGCCGAAGGCCCGGCUCAGGUGUUGGCAGACGACCACUACGAAUGGGCUACGCCCGCUCUCCUGGACAACUUCGAUUUCAGCGCCUUUUCUAUGGAGCAAAUCGCGGAGGCCAUGGACCGCCUAGUGGAAUCAGGUGAGAUCUCUCCGGAGGUAGCCGAGGAGGUCAUGAACCGUCUAAGUGGAUCAGGAGGCAUGUUCAGCGGGGACUGGACGCUCUUCCCCACCCGACCGCCGCCACUGCGACACCGAGCCAAGAUGGCGAAGCUGAGAGCUGCACAAUCUGUCAAGAUGAACUCUUUCAAGUUGGCCGAACUGUCGUCGAGCUCCCAUGCCAUCCUUCCCACCUUUUCCACCAAGACUGCAUCCAAGUCUGGAUGGAGCGGGAAUCAACAUGCCCCUUUUGUCGCGUUGUAG